CGGCAGACGCGGUGGUUUUCCAAAUCGAUUUGACUGACCGCGAAAGAAACAGGAGAGCCUUUUCUUCCUCCUCCUUCGUCCGUUCUUUGUCCUCUCUCCGAGUCCAUGGCGUCGUCGGCACUCCUCAGCCUGGUGAUCGUGAUAGGGUUACUCUCGAUCUGUGCCACUGCGAGGCCAUGCAAGACUCUCUUCAUUUCUACCUACACCGUCUCCUUCAAGCCUUACCCCUCCCAAAACCCUAACCCUAACGAUCUUUCAUCUUCCUCGUCUUCUUCGGGAUUCUUGACCGUCUUCACCGAAAUUCGCCAAUUAAGACCUUACUACAGGCCCCGUCAUCCCUCCGAAUUCUUCGUCGAUCGCGGCCGCGUCAUCCCCGCCGUUGACGAGUCAACCUUGAUUCAGCGCACCGAGCAUUCGUCAUUCUUCCCAUUGCCUUACGAUUUCAGCUCCCUCCGCGACCGCACUAAGGAUAUCCUCAGCGUCGUCAUCGCUCUCCUAUUCGGAGUUGGUUGCGGUGCGCUCACCGCUGCUACCAUGUACCUUGUCUGGAGCCUCUUCUCCAACCGUUACGACUACCGUUCGCCGGUCGGUGAGUACGAUGGAGAAGCAAGUGAUGAUGAAAUAGCCAGCCCCAAGAAGAUGGGAUACGUUUUGGUUCCAGCCGCCGCUCCCGUGGAUUCUAUCUCUCCUCCGAUUAAGGACAAGGAAGUUGCUUGAGGAGGAGGCAAUAGAUGUACAAGUAAUACAUAAUCCUCUGCCCAUUGGGUUUCCUUUUACCUUGUCCAUGGUGAAAUCUUGCUUUGUUUUGUGUGGAUUGUUAUCGUUGCCAUUGAACAAAGUUGUGCUUAUGUGGUCUGUCUUUUCGACUUAUGACUUUAACUGUUCUAUGAAGAUGUCGUUUGAAUUUGUUUAUCUAGUACAUUAUGAUAGUUGUUUUGUUGGUAAAUAAAACACGUAUAUACAUUUACGGAGUGCA